AUGUCCAGAGAACAACGAUUAAAACAACUUGAAGAUGCAAAACAAAGAUUUCUUAAAAAAGACGAAUCAUUAGACAAAAUUCUUGGGUCAUUAGGUUGGAAUCGUGAGAAUGUUAAGCAAUGGCAAGAGACACAAGCAAAACUCAAAACCUGCCCCUUUAACCGUCGGCACCGUGUCCCUGCAGCCUCCUUUAAAGCGCACAGUCGCUCUUGUCUUUUGAAGAGUCGUGGCAUACGCGGCAUCUCAAAUGAGCCGGAGCCUCCUAGCUCACUCUUCUAUUACCAAAAGGCACCUUUUGUAGUGUCUUUCGUUGACAAGAACACACAAUUUUCGGAUACGGCCGGAAACGGUUAUGCUGUGUACCCUCUCCCUGUGUCAGGUUCGCGGCCCCCGACUGCCUUUGAAGCCUUGGAACCAACACCGAUGUCCGUUCAAGCACGCGAUCGAGAAUAUGUCGAAUGCGUUCUAAAGGCCCAGGAGAUUCGGCAACGGAAUCAGGUGAAACACCUAGACCUUGAUCGAGCGGGAUUCGAGCAAGUAGUUGAAAAAGCAAAACAGCUCCAAGCCCAAAAAGAGGUACAGGCAAAUGAAGUAUCCACAUCCCAGUUUGCAGAAAAUAGAGAUUAUAGGCGGAGACCAAAGGCUUACCGGGUUAGCUUGACACAAAGAACUCCCACUCAGAUCCAAAAACAACUCGUAGAAGCCUAUAUGCAGGACUUUGAGUUAUGGCAAAAGUAUAAACAGGAAUCUUCCUAA